GCUUGCAAUAUUCCCUUACGAUAAGUGUUUUGUUAACCUGGAAGGUAUUCUUUCGACAAGCACCAUGGCGGCGAAGGCUGGAUCAUUUGUUGAAAAACUCGCACCUCUUCUUAAUAGAGGAGCUAAUUUGGCAAAAGCACAACAGCCACGUUUAGAACGGUUUUGGGCAGUUGCCAAAGUGGAGUUAGCUCCCCCUGGUCCAUCAGAAUUUCCACAGAUUGUGAAGGGAUUCAAACAAGCGAUCAGUAUCAACAGAAUUGCUGACCAAAGUGUAAAGAAUGUGAUGCUGAAUGCCACAGCAUGUUUUGAAAUAUUUCUAUGGUACCAAAUUGGAAGAAUAGUGGGCAAACGAUCUCUGGUUGGUUUUGAUAUUGAGGGUGCCAGUUCUUACCCACCUAUAAAGAAGAACUAGCCUGAUUCUACGGCAGCUGUUACUACAUUAGGAUGUUGAAGAUUAAGAUGAGGAGCCGACGUCGUGUGUUUAUUUUCUGGAUUAGACGGUAGACCAUGGCCAUGGCAUUCUUUGUCAUAAACUUUUAUCAUUGUGAAGACUUUGAAAUAUGGGAUUGUGACAGAAAUCUGUGAUCAAACAUUUGAGUAGCCAAUACCUCACAUAACCAUCAGAAAGUUUGAUGUGAAAAUAUUAAAGAGAAUUGUCUUAACAUA